UUGAUAUAAAUUUGUUUAAACGAAAUAAAUUAAUAAUAAAAAUAAUAAUAACAAACGCGAGUACCGGGAAUAAAAUGUUCCCUUAAAUCCUGCUUCUCUUAAAUAAAAGAAAAUAAAAAUAAAUUAAAUUAAAUUAAGAUAAAAUAAAAUAUUAUGCCGAUGGUCACGCGUACUUCGUGUAUUUUUAACUAGUCAAGAAGCUAAGUUUAUCCUAUAGAAUAUAAACGGUCAUAGAUCACACACGAUCUCAGAAUUUUCCCGAGAACUAUGACGGCAACGUUGACAUUUCCAAAGUGACGCGAGUAAGAUCGAUUAUCAUUCGUUUCGAUCGUAUUAUCGACGAUGAUACGCAUGUGUGUGUGUGUUGUGUUUCUCUAUUUUUUUAUUUGUCCCCUUAAUCCAUUCAAUUAGAACUUGUGAAAUAAUUUGUGAAUUAGGAAGAUUUAAUAUAAAGAAUACGGAAAGAAUAUAAGAAGAAAAAAACGAAAAAAAAAACGAAAAAAAAAGAAAAAAUAAUUAUGAGAUUCAUCGUCAAUCGUCAAUCGUCAAAGAUAAAUCUCCCCCGAAAAGAUUUUCAAUUUGUCGAAUCACGAUGGGACGAAAACAUAAGCGUCGUUUAAUACCGGAACAGGAUCGUAGAAUAUGCGGUAGCAUAUGUUUUUGCCAAUUUACCAUUGUCAUCAGUUGCGUGGCUUUGGUUUACCUCAGCGUAGCAAUUUAUAUGCCGUCGCAUAGAGCUUUUCACGCCGGUAUAGAUCCAGAUCCGGUAAUGUGCCAAACGGUUAAUGCCACUUUGGUAAAUAACUGCAUAUGGGCGAGUUGCGGUGAAUGGUGCUUGACGAAAACAACCGGCUUUUGUCCGCAAAUACACGCAACUGUCAGACAAAAUGGGACGGAUGUGAUCUUUGAAAAUUGCACCAAGUUCAACAGUAUCUCUUGUCCUAAAGUUAACUUGGGGAAUUUAAAGAAAUACAAUUGCAACAAUGGCAGCGAGUGCAGUACACUAUCCGGUGUAUUUAAUUGCAGUUUAGGACAUUGUUCUAACAUGAGCGAACUGAUGCUUUGUCAUUACAAAGCUGAUGGUAUAUUUGUCGACAGUGAAAAGGACAAUAUGAAAUUGAAUGGUUUUUUCAGUUGUCAAAAUUCCAAAUGUACCAAAAUAAGAAAACCAUUCUCGUGUGAUAGAUAUUGUCCGAAAAUCGUUACAAAGGAUAUCAACAUUUAUCUAAUGCAAGAUGACAACGUUAUAACUGCUAAAUGUUCUCAAGGAUUGGCAAUGAACAAAGCUAAUGGAAAUUUACCUGGUAUGAGGCUUACAGAACCUGUCAAAAUUUGGGACGAGGAUGAUGGUAGCAUAAUUGCCAGUUGUUUGACAGUAAACAGAAAAGGAAACGUCAUUAGAACGGAAGAUUGCGUGAACGGCACAUCAUUGAAUAAAGUCACGAUUCCUCAUCACUAUGUCAAUUUUACAACGUUUCUUAAUAUUUAUGAGCAAAGUCUUCAAUAUCCCGUGGAUUCAGAAAAUUUUUAUAUGCCGGCCCAACGAUCUCUGACAAUCUACAAUAAUUCGCGUUUGUAUAUAAACCUAGAGGGUUGCGUAAACACUCUUAAGGGUGAAUGUCGUGAUUUUCUCAAGAGCCACGGACGAGAUGGCGACAAUCAAACGGCUCAAAGUAGAUAUCCCUGUUACUACAAUAAGAACGACUCGUUCUUCGUCGUGGCACGUUUCGAUUUGAAUAAAACUAAAACGGAAUUACUCAUAGCUAUCAUAGUACCAUCAGGACUGUUCGUUAUCAGCUUGACAACCUUGAUCGUGAUAACACGUUCAGUGCAAGUCGGUGACGACGCUAAGAUGCGAUGUAGAUAUUGCACGGAGAAAAAUGAGGACGAGGGCGAGGACGAAGGGUUGGUUGAAGGUACUACACCUACUACUACUACUCCUUUAGAUCAUACCAAUGAAAAUGAGAUCAGAAGUAUGGCACUUUAGCAGUUUAAACCGCUCGGUAUGAGCAAUUUCUUGAAAUACGAAAGAUUACCGUUGAUCGACACGGACGAAGCCGAGGAUUCCUUUUAAAAAAAGGUAAAUCAAAUCUAAUAAUAAUAAUAAUAACAAUAAUAAUAAUAACACGACGAAACAUCGAAAUACGUUCAGGUGUAAAAAAAAGAAAAGUAUUUAUUAUUUAUACGCGAAAAACAUAAACAAAAUUAUUAUGUUAUUACGUAAGGAGAAGAACAAUAAUUCAUUUCUUAAAGAAAAACAUUUUGUCUUCCCGGUGUGAAAUGAUAAAGGAAAAUUUACAAAUUUAUUAUUUAACAAAAUUCUCAACAUAUAAAAAUUCAAUACGUAUACUCGAAC